UGAAUUAUGCUGAAGGCGCCUCCUCCUUUUUCAAUGCUAUGUUUUUUAUGCAAACUACCCACACCUUCAUUAAUUUCUCUUCAACAGUCUAGAUCAGUCAUUGUUCUGAACAGACACCGGAAGCCGAAGGCGUGGCAAGACCCCUGGAACCCCUAUCGUGGCAAAGGAGGCAGGUACCCUCCAGAGUACAUUAUUCCAGUUUUCGACCAAGAGAUCCAACAAUCGCUGCCUCCCGAAGUGAGAAGUCGCAAAGUGAAAGCGGCUACCAUUAAUGACCCGGCUACAUUCUACCACAACCCAGUAGUUCAAAAAUUCAUAAACAUGGUCUCGCAGGGGAGUAAGUAUAACGGAAGAAUGAUAACAGAAAGGAUGUUGUGUGAAAUCAAAAGAAUUCAGGUGGAAAAGUACUGGAAAUGUGAAGAUGAAUUGGAAAGAGCGAAAAUGGAGACGAACCCAGUCAAGAUUUUCAUGCAAGCAGUUGAAAAUGCAAAACCUUUUGUUGGUACGACAAAAGUGAACAAACUGGGCACUACUCACCACGUGCCCAUUGCCUUAUUCGACAACACCAAACUUUUCCUCGCUCUGCGCUGGCUCAAACUGCAGGCCAGAGAGAAGUCAGUUCGCACCAAAAUGUACCAGAGUCUCGCAGGUCACGUGCUGCAGAUGUACGAGGGGGAGGGGCCAGUGGUGGCGAAGAGGGACGACAUGCACAAGUUGGCAGAGAACAACAAGGCAUACAUCCAGCUGCGCAAAAAACCCAUAGUCUAGUUAUCCAUCAAAACCAGCAGUGGAAUGAUGAAACUCUCAAUGGAAAAGUGAAAACUUACUAUCGAAAUUUGCAAAAAACUAAACUCAGAUUUCGAAUAAUUGUGGGAUUUGUCGAAAAAACAACCCUUCAAAAAAUUUUACAUUCGAUGUGUUUAAAUUGCUUUCUUUGAAAUUGAUAAUAUCCAGUUA